AUGGGCGCCGCCACGACUCCUGCGGUCGAGAGACCGAUGUUUCUCUCUGCCGACCAGCGAAAGAUAUCCUACCAAAGCAAGGGUGGCAUCACCAUCACCCUUGAAUUCAAGAACUCCAAGGCAAUUGAGAGCCUACGGACCUUUACCCAGCAGAACACUGCCGACAAGCCCGAGAACAUGACAGUCACCGUCGAUGGCGUAACCAAGCCCAGGGAGGAGAACCAAGGUCUUUGGAUGGGCAUCUACGACACGCUGAGUUUCUGGUGUAUGGAAGCCAUGGAGGUGGCAGCCUUCGGCCCUUACGAUGAGCCGCCAAAGUGA